AUGCAAGCAGAAGCAGUUUGUUAACAUUUGAAGUAAAAGGCGACAGAGCAGCUGUUGUUGAACGGUCGCUAGACUAAUCGAUAGUCCUCUACAUUAUUUUCACAUAUCGACCAUUACUGAAAGUGGAGCGAUUACUCUGGAAGUCUUUCGGCGUUACAUUAUAACCACCGAGCUGUGACUACUAGGGUCUCGCGCAUGCGCAGUCGGAGCCCCGGAGCCGCAGGAGAUCAGAGCUGGUAAGCCAAAUUUCAGUUCCGAAUUGAUCUGCAACACGAAUUUAUUUCACAUUUUCACACGAACCUCUUUUAACCACAUACGUUUUAAAGAGACAAGUGUGGGGUUUUUUUUUUUGAUGUAAAGCGUUUUAGCGUUAAGGAUAGUACCAACCACCAAGCUUUUCGUAUUAAAAAAUAUAUAUUUGGUAAUGGCACGCGUUUAAUUAACGUAAUCGGGUGAAAUACAUUUAAAUAAUAUAAGCAGUCGCGCCGAGGUUACUAAAAUAUCUCACAUGCUUAACGUUGUUGUGGGAUGAAAAUGUUGCUCAUUCAUUUGAGGUGCUGCCGAAAUGGGUGACAAGGUUCAUUUUUCAGUAAAUGGGAUUUCACAGGAUUUGAGACACUGCUUUUACACAUUUUUUGCCUCAAGGAUUUCAGAUCCUCCGCCAUUUUAACCGAAAUGUUGUAUCUGGAUGUGCAACCUUGUGCUUAAAUAUUGGUGUGUCAUUAUUGCCUUUUUUUCCCUUUUUUUAUAAAUUGGAGGUAAUGGAUGGCUGCUAAAAAGUCACACAGGGUCAUGGCUGUUGAUGAAGAAAGGCAUCGCUGCCAUUAUUCUGUAAAAUGACACUCUUAAAAGUUACUUAUUUUGUCUUCUUUUUCUCUAAGUUGGUGGAAAUCUCCAAUAAAAAGUCUUUCUCCCCUUUAGUUUUACAUGUGUUAAAUCUUGAUCCAUAUGUCUCAGAGCCAUUUUAGGAAAAACCUCAGGCAGAAAAUAUAAAUGGAGAGAGAAAAGUGCCUAUCAGAAGAGAUUCUAUCGUCAUAAUGUAAAUAUGGUGGUCAUAUAUUAUGUGUUCAGAACUGGUAUAGCCAAAGUGGGCUCAGGUCCAGCAGCUCUCUGGCUCUUAUCUUGUUUCGUCUUUUAUUUCCCCCUUCUUAUGGAUGCCCUCCAUUGUAUUAACACCAAAAUCAAACCACUGUAAAAACCCUCUAUCUGUAGACCCUUGAUUCAGAUAAGGAAAAACUUCACCAAAAACCUUUCAAUGGAGAAAAAUAAAACCUCAGUGAGAGCAACAGAGGAGGAAUCCCUCUUCCAGGGCGAUUUGAGAUUGGACCUAGUCCUUUGCAGCAGAGAGCUUCGCUUUGUACUGUUCCUCAUAUUCUUUUGUUUUCCAGCGCUCCGGAGUAAGGGACAGGGAAACCAUUAUGAGUGCCAAAGUGAACAUGGAGGCUCCACCCAAAGAACCCGAUCGCACCCCUUUGGACCCGUCCUCCUCGUCCCCCAGCGAGGCUGUCCUUAUCUGUGGGAGUGAUGUUGUGGCCAAGAAGGCUCGGCCCCAGCCUCACACCACCACAGCUUUCCUCCUACCAGCUCCUGCUUCCGGCCAUCAGAAGAUAGAGGUGACUCCAGCUGUUGCUGUGGGAGACCCAGGUAAAGGAGGCCGGGCCAAUGAGACGGCCACACCCACCCUGACAGCACAGGUGGGCGGGGCUUGUAGCAUUGUCCACGUCCUAGAGUGGAAGGAGGGGAUGGCCAUCCUGCCCAGCAGCAACCUCAAGUUCUGUGUGAGUGACGUAGGAACGCUGAGCACACUGAUCACCCCAGGGACCACCAGCAGCAUCACUGAACCAGCAGCCGGGACUUCUGGGAGAUCCGCUGACGCAGAACAUGCUCCAGCAGACAAGCCAGAUGUGUCAGCUCCUGUCGGCUCUGGGAGAGGCGUAGCUGUGGAACCAGAGAGGUUUGUGCCAGUCAAACCUGAAGUCCAGGUUGGACAGGGGCAACAGAACCAUGAUCCCAGAGCUCAGAGGACCUACACAGAGGAGCUACGCAGAGAGCCCAUCACUGACAAGAGGAGUGUCGGGGUAGAGAAGGUGCCAGCAGGUGGGAGGGUUUCCUCCCUUAACCCCGAUCACCUGAAACCCAUGAGGAAGAGGAAGAGGAAGGAAUACCUGAGUCCCUCUGAGGAAGACUCUGACAUCGAAGGCACGGAUGAGAAAAUGGAUGAUUCUAAAGCAGACGGCAGACACAUCAGAGGAGCUGGAGACAGUAAGACAGAGCAGUGGACGUGGGCUCAGUAUCUGGAGGAAAGCAAAGCUGUUGCUGCGCCCAACAAGCUUUUCCAAGAGACCCAGAGAGUGCCAACAGUGAAGAACGGCUUUAAACAGGGGAUGAAGCUGGAAGGCAUUGACCCUCAGCACCCGUCCAUGUACUUCGUCCUCACUGUGGCCGAGGUCUGUGGUUACCGGCUGCGGCUCCAUUUUGACGGCUACUCUGACUGCCACGACUUCUGGGUGAAUGCCAACUCCCCUGACAUCCACCCUGCAGGCUGGUGUGAAAGCACAGGACACAAACUGCACACUCCCAAAGGUUGUAAAGAGGAAGAGUUUACCUGGACCAACUACCUGAGAAUGACUAAAGCACAAGUGGCUUCCAAAGAAGUCUUUGCCAGUCCUGGGAGGAUUGAUGUGAAGUGCGGUUUUGAGAUAGGAAUGAAGCUUGAGGCUGUCGAUCGUAUGAACCCCUCCCUCAUCUGUGUAGCAACCGUCACUGAUGUGGUGGACGACCGUUUCCUGGUUCAUUUUGACAACUGGGAUGACACAUACGACUACUGGUGUGAUUCCAGCAGUCCGUACAUUCACCCUAUUGGUUGGUGCCAGGAGAGGAACCUCCCCCUAACACCACCCCAAGAUUACCCAGACCAGGGCCGAUUCUCCUGGUCUCGCUACCUGGAGGAGACAGGUUCCAAGGCGGUGGCCGCUGACGCCUUUAAAGUGCGUGCGGCCCACAUUUUCCAGCCUCAGAUGAAACUGGAGGCCGUGGACAAGAGAAGCCCUGGUCUGAUCAGAGUGGCUACAGUAGAGGAGGUCGAUACUCAUCGCAUUAAGGUCCAUUAUGAUGGCUGGAGUCAUGUCUAUGAUGAGUGGAUGGACUCAGAUCACCCCGACAUCCACCCAGCAGGCUGGUGUGAGGCAACUGGUCACCCGCUCAAAGUUCCCCCACGAGACACCAAAACACAGCAGCCACACGGUGUGAGGGAGCCUCCUGCUACAGGUCAGUCCACCUACCCCUCCUCUGUUCCCUGUAAACCCAUCAGCCACCCCAGAACCAACAAGUACAGCUUCCACAACAGGAAGUGUCCAACUCCUGGUUGCGAUGGUUCAGGCCAUGUGACCGGUCGUUUCACUGCCCAUCACUGCAUAUCCGGCUGCCCAUUGGCUGAGCGUAACCAGGGCAGGCUGAAGGCCGACCUGUCAGACUCAGAGUGCAAGAGGAACCUCUUCUUUGGCCAGAGGACCAAGAAGACCCAUUACCGUGGCAGGAUUGGCCGUCCUCCCAAAUACAGGAAGAACCAGCAGAGAGACUAUCAGAACAUGUCCUCAGAGGGCGUGUAUCCGUCACUGUUCAUGUCAGCUCUGAGCAGUCAGUCAGACAGGACUCUGUCUCUAUGCUGGGAGCAGCACUGUAAGCUGCUGCCUGGCGUUCAGGGCAUUCACGUCAGCCAGGUGGCAGCAUGGAGCGUUGAAGAGGUCUUCAGGUUUGUCCAGAAUCUUAUCGGCUGUGAAGAACAGGCUCGUGUCUUCAAAGAAGAGAUGAUUGACGGGGAGGCCUUUUUGCUGCUGACCCAGACCGACAUUGUGAAGAUCAUGAGCAUCAAGCUAGGCCCCGCCCUCAAGAUCUCCAACGCCAUUCUCAUGUUCAAGAGCACAGACGAGGGACUCAAAUAAUCCCGCCCUCACUCACUGGCGGCGUUGGGCCACCGAUCAUCAUGUGCCAAAUUCAUUCUGUUGCAGGGAAAAUACCCUGACCCCUUUUUCAUGUGUUUGGUGUCCUGUACCCAUCAGAGAGAGGGAGGGGGGAGGGGGUAGUGAGGGCCGAUCAGGGUUAAGGGUAAAAAAAGGAGAGGUUGGAAGAAGAAGGGAAAUUAGGAAAUACAGAUAUUUUUGGGGAGUAAUGGAGGAAUGUCAUGAAGAUGAUGGACAGACUGGUGUGGCGGGUGGUUAGAAGGAGGCUGAUGAACGUGAGGUGAAACAUCACAAGUUUUUAGAGUUUGGUGGUGGUCACAACUGAUGCAUUUGGUUCAGUAUCUGAGUUCGAUCAUUACCAAACGCCUGGACAUCACUGGCAGUGUUUUACAUCUGUUACAGAUCUGCCAGUCUACGGUAUGUUUGCCUAAAACUUUGAUUAAGUAUAUAUCCAACCACCUGUUCUAAUUUGUGCAUUAAAAGCCUGAGUGGAAAUAGUAGAAAUUCAGGGGAGAAAAAAUCACAUUUUGCAGAAAUGUUUCUAUACUCAGUUGAGGUAUUAAAUGAUCUGUAUCAAUACAGAGAAGGUAUGCUAAAGGCUGAUGGAAACAGAUUUCUUUGAAUAGACAUCUGUUGCGUUACCUGCUUCUGGUUCUUCUUCUGUAGACGCGGCAUCGGCAUCCUGCUGCCGCUCACAGCCAUACAGGAGAUACUACUACUAUUUGUACCUUUAUUUCCUGAAGUAGAAUCCUUUCCAUUGAUGCAAGCCUUAACACAGGUCAGUUUAAACUGUACCCACCACCUUUCAGAGGUGGACUCAUAGAUACAUUGACCAAAUUUUCAUGAGUACCAUACCCAGAUUCAGACUAAACCAUCAGUUCAAAAGUACUUGACAUGGCAGGUGAAAUCAACAAAAUAGGGGGAGAUACUGAAACACUGGAUGUACUAAUAGAAAUUGAAAAAAAUAUUUGGGUUAACUAAGGGGAAGAGAUGUGGCCAAAAAGUAAGUAAGAGGAGUUAAAUGCAGUAGGAUGAGGCUGAUCAGUGAGGCUCCUAAAAGCUUCAUAUUUUGUGCAAUAAAAAAGUUGAGACAGAACUACUGUAUUCAGUAACAGUUAAUAUUACAGCUCCUUUAUGUUAUCAGACUAACAGACUACUUACACUGCAAUGGAAUAAAAUUAAGUAAAUAUGCUGCGUUGUUCAACAGUUGAAAAAAGGUUUAGGUUUGUGACAGAUGAACAACUUAAAAAAGAGAGAAAGCCCCUCUUCAGUUUCUUGAUUAUUCUAAAGUAUUUGUCAUUUGUGUUUACUGCCUCGAAAUUCUCCACAUUGUACUUUCUCACUGCACCAUUAAUGUGGAAACUGAUACAGGAGCUGUAAUUUAAAAUGUUAUCCUCUUAUAUAGAAUCUGAGUCAGAACAAAAACAACACAGUGUUUUGAGUGUUUUAUAUCUAUAUGCAAAAGAUCUUAAAUUAUUAUUUUUGCAAUUCUUAAUAGAUGAAAAGGACACUUUGCAUUGGCGUCUUAGCACAACUGUGAAACCCAAAUGGAUUUUACACAAUGAUGUUCCCACUCACUAGAGAGUGCAAAAAUCCACAUUUUAGCACUAUAAACAUGGAUUUGGUAUCUACUCAAUGAAAAACUCUGCAGUUUUCAUGUGAUGGAAACUCCAGACUGUGUUCUUUGAAAUGUUUACAUUUUAUGUCAGGAUUGGUUAAAAAAAUACUGUAUGGAUUUGAUAUUGUGAGAUGAAAGUAAUUUACUGCACUGUUAAGGGCUCUUGGAAUCUUACUUCUUCAUGUGUCUCUCUGGUGGGAUUUGUGUGAGUGCGUGCGUGCGUGCGUGCGUGUGUGCGUGUGUGUCAAGAUAAUCUUGGGUCACAAAUGUCAUUCAAUCCAUAUGAAUUAAUAAACGUCCAAAGCUGUCUUGUCUGAUUAAA